AUGUGGCAUGGACCUUUUCGAGUGGCUGAGAAGUGCGGCGAUCAUGCAGUAAAGUUGGACAUCGCAGGCACGCCGUACAGACUAUUCCCAAUAGUCCACGUAUCUAAGCUGAAGCUUGUUCGCGUAUUCCUGGAACGUCCAACAGGCAGUUUGAUUGUGGAGGAGGUAAGUCGAUUGGAUUUUGAUGAAGCACUGCUGCCGGAAGAUAGCUGGGAGGGUAACCUAGAAGUGGACGAGUUUGAAAUCGACAAGAUCCUUUAUGUGCGCUCAGGACGGAAGACGAGAUAUGGCCGAAUCCAUAAGCAGUACCUGGUACAGUGGAAGGAAUACGACGAUCCAACCUGGAUUGAUGAAGCUGAUUUAAACUGUGGAGCUCUGUUACAGGAUUUCGAUCGCGAUCGGGUUAGCAGGAAUCGCUUCGAGGCAAUGCAAUCACACGAAGAAGAAGCCCGAAAAUAG